UAUUGUGUUCCUGAAAGUAGAGUGAGAACGCGCUUCUUCAUUCUUUCGCUGUCUUCCGUGCCUUUCGAUGCUUCCAUUUCUAGUCUCCUGCUCUACUCAGAAGUUCUAGAACAAUCGGAACCUCCCUCCUAUGCUUCCUCUUCAAACUCAUCGGAGCACGGCAUAGCCUCUGCUUUACUUCAGCUGUCGGAGACACCGAAAAAGGGAGAAACGAUGAGCACCGUCGAUAAGAUGCUGAUAAAAGGAAUCCGGAGUUUCGACCCGGAGAACAAGAACGUCAUCACCUUCUUCAGACCCCUAACCCUAAUCGUCGGCCCCAACGGCGCUGGCAAAACCACCAUUAUAGAGUGCUUGAAGCUUUCUUGCACUGGCGAUUUGCCCCCAAAUGCGAGGUCCGGUCAAAGUUUCAUUCAUGAUCCCAAGGUUGCAGGGGAAACAGAGACAAAGGGUCAAAUUAAGCUGCGGUUCAAGACGGCAGCAGGAAAGGAUGUAGUCUGUGUAAGGUCAUUCCAGCUGACACAGAAGGGAUCAAAGAUGGAGUAUAAAGCUAUCGAGAGUGUGCUUCAAACUAUAAACCCGCAUAGUGGAGAGAAAGUUUGUCUUAGCUAUAGAUGUGCUGACAUGGAUCGGGAAAUACCUGCUCUAAUGGGUGUCUCAAAAGCUAUUCUUGAAAAUGUUGUAUUUGUACACCAAGACGAAGCCAAUUGGCCUUUGCAAGAUCCUGCAACAUUAAAAAGGAAGUUUGAUGAUAUCUUCUCUGCUACCAGAUAUACAAAAGCAUUAGAAGUCAUAAAGAAGCUUCACAAGGAUCAGGCUCUGGAGAUAAAAUCUUACAAGCUGAAAUUGGAAAAUCUGCAGAACUUGAAAAAUAAUGCAUUCAAGCUUCGGGAGAGCAUAGCUCAAGAUCAAGAACAGACAGAGCUUUCGCAAAAUCAAAUGCAGGACUUAGAAAAAGCAAUCCAAAAUGUUGAUGUUAAAAUUCGUCAUACUGAAGCAACAUUGAAAGAACUGAGAGACAAAGUUCAGCAGAAAACAGUCAAGAAUGCCGAAAGAAGUACUUUGAUUAAUGGGCAGAGGCGACAGUAUAACGAUCUUGAUGAAGAAAAUGAAGGUUUAAAUGAUGGAAUGGAAAACAAGUUUGAUGAAAGGAUCUUGCGAUUAGAGGGUAAAAUUGAAAGGUCAAAGAGGGAAAUUAAGGAAUUUGAUGACAUGAUUUCAGCUGCAGAAAAAAAAUUAACGAAUUAUGUUACAGAGAUCAGCAAGCUUCAAAGAGAUGCUGAAAUUCAUAUAUUGUCAAAGGAUGAAAGGGAUUCAGCAAUUCAAAAAUUGUUUGCAACGCACAAUUUGGGGUCUCUUCCAAGUAACAUUACUGAUGCGGUUGCUUUGGAUCUCACUGAUAGAAUAGAAUCAAGACUGACGGAUCUCGAUAAUGUUUUGCAAAGCAAAAAGAAUUCAAAUGACAAGGAACUAAAGAUGGCAUGGGAUCUUUACUUGGAUGCAAAUGAACGCUGGAAAAAUGCCGAAGCUCAAAAGCAGGCAAAAUUAGAAAUCAAGAAUGCUAUCUUGAAACGAAUAGAAGGAAAGAAAAUUGAGCGUGAUUCACUUGAACUUCAAAUCUCUGAUGUAGAUCUUUCUCGCAUUGAUGAAAGAGAAAAGAACAUGCAAAUUGAGGUUGAGAGGAGGAAAAAUCAGCUUGACCAAAGAAAUUUUGGAGCAAACAUACAACAGAAGUGGCAAGAAUUACAAUCCAUAGAUCAAAAGAUCAAUGAUCUUAAUCGAGAGAAAUCAUUUAUAGCAGUUGAUGCUGAGGAGAGAGUAAGACUGUCACUGAAGAAGAAUGACUUAGAGAAUCACAAGAAAAAACACCAAAAGUUGUAAGCACACUUUUCUAGUUCUGGCCUUGUGUAUUCUAAACUAUUAUCUAGUAUAUCCUUUUUUAUUU